CCAGCAACAAGCGCGAGGACCCCGUUCGGGCGUCUGAAAGCCUCGGUCUUUUAUUCCGGUAUUUUCUCGGGUUGACUCUGACUGAAAUAGUGAAUGAAUAACCUUUGAUUUCGAACAAAAAGCUGGUGUGAGAGGAGAGCAGCAUCAUAAUGGCAGAUGCUGAGACAGCACAUGGCACACACUCUCCAGCAGUGCAGUCCAGGCAGUCUGCCUCAUCAAAAAGUCCCUCCCCCAAGGCGAGGUGCAGCGACGCUCCUGUGGACGAAAGGGGACCCUGGCCAGAGGGGAAGCAGAGGCAGACUGAAGGCUGUCGUCUUCCUGUGGCAGAGGAAGAUGUAGAAACGAGCUCGCAGUGGAUGUCUGACCAGAAUGGCAAGGGAGAUGACAGCCUGCGAGACCUCUUUAAGAGGCGGGUGGCUCUAAGUGGUGUGACAUAUGCCUCCUGGACUGAAAGCAACAAUAGGGUCCUGGACAGCUUCAUCAUGAACACCUCCAUCCAGACCCUCAUCGUGUACCUGGACCCCUUUGCUGGGCUUCAGCUAGACUUCAGGGUCCCAUCACAGACGGUGGAGCAGCUAGCUUACUUCAUCCGGCUGGACAGGGAGCCCAUCACCGCAGAGACCUUCGAGAAUGCCAUGCAGUUCGGCGCGGUGCGCGGGGGCGAUGUGGAAAGCCUGCUGCGCCUCAUGAGUGGGGUGUACGCCCCCCUGGUCACCCUCCGCACCGCCUUGCCCCAGAGCAUCAAGAACAACUUGUCAAUGCACAUGGAACGCUUCCUCAUGCACCUCACAGAUGCCAGGUUCAAGCUGGAGGGGCACACGGCACUGUACAUCCCCACUGAGGCCCUGCGCUUCAGCCCCCAGGUCGCCGCAAAGGACAGGGAGCUGGUGCAGAGGCUGGAGAUGGUGAUGAUUCACUGGACACGGCAGAUAAAGGAGGCUCUGAGCGCCCAGGAGAUGGUGGAGAUUGGAGGCAGCUCAGGCCCCCUGGAGGAGAUCGCCUUCUGGAAGAGCCGCUGCGCCGACCUGUCGGGCAUCAGUCAACAGCUGCAGAAGAGCGGCGUGCGCCACGUCCAGACCACGCUGCAGCUUUCCAAGUCCUCCUACGUGCCUCCCUUUAUCAAGCUCGCCAAACAAAUCGAGGAUGGAUCCCAGCAGGCCCAGUCCAACCUGUCCUUCCUGUCGCUGCUCGGCGGGCCCUGUGAGGAGCUCUCCCAGCUAAAGCCUCGCGAGGUGCCCCCCAGACUAACUCCCUUGAUCCAGCUGAUCCGCAUCAUCUGGAUGAACUCGCCACACUACAACACGAGCGAGAGGAUCACAGCUCUUUUCCGCAAGGUGAGCAAUGAGAUCAUCCGUCUGUGCUGCCAGCAGAUCUCCCUGGACCACAUCUUUGAGGGCUGUGUGCUAUCCAGCAAACAAAUCCUCAACGACAGCAUCCAGUGCUGCCUGGCCUGGAAAGACCACUACCUCUGUAAUUCCAAAAUCCAUCACAAGUACUCCAGUAAAGGCUGGGUCUUAGACCAGACCAGCAUCUUCGCCCAGGUCGACGCCUUUGUGCAACGCUGCAAAGUCCUGCUGGAGGUGUGCAGCUGCCAGCAGCAGUUUGCCCGGCGCCAGGAGGGUGCCCAACUCCCCGUGCCCUGCUUCGCGGGCCGCCAGGGAUUCGAGCUGACGCGCAGACUGCUGGAAAUUGAGGCAGCCUUCGGCAGAAGCUUGCAGGCCCUUCGUGGCGCGGGCAAGGCCAUCCUGGACGUCAAGAACACAUCUUGGCAUGAUGACCACAACCGUUUCCGGGCAGCGGUGAAGGACCUUGAGGUGAUGAUGCAGGACCUGAUCAACACGGGCUUCGAGACAGUCAGAUCAGUAGAGGAAGGGGUCUGGCUGCUUGACGUGUUCCAGGACCUGGCUGACCGAGAGGCCAUCAAGCGUACUAUCGACAGGAAGACAGAAGAUGUGUACAGCCUCUUCAGCAAGGAGCUGUACUUGGUGAACGAGGAGCUGAGCGGUAGGGAGGUGCAGAGAGCGGCCCACAUGCCCCAGCACGCCGGCCGGGCAUGCUUGGCACGCUGCCUGCGGCGACGCAUCGGGAGGCCAGCGGAGGCAUUGCAGAGUGCCCAUUUCAUGCCCCUGACUGACAGCAGGAAGAAAGUCAACCUGGAAUAUGCACAGCUGGUGCAGACACUGGACGAGAUGGUGCGCAAGAUCUUCAGCGAGUGGAGCCAGAGCCUGAACAGGAAGAGCCUGAAGAGACUGGACCAACCACUCAUGGUCCGCUGCAAGGAGAUGGCUGGAAUGCUGGACGUCAACUUUGACAAGGACCUACUGGAGAUGUUCAAUGAGAUCCACUACUGGCAGUGGCUACAGUUUGAGGCCCCCCACUAUGUGUUGGAUGUGUACCAACACCGGGAAGAGCUGCGCACGCUGCGGGAGAGCGUCCGGCUUGUGGUACGCGAGUACAACAGGAUCAUCAGCAAGCUCUCCGAGGAUGAGCUGGCUCUGUUCCGGGAGCGCAUCCGCAUCCUGGACAGGAAGUUUCAGCCCGGUCUCUCUACACUCAUGUGGUCAUCCAAAGGGGCGUCCGGCUUUUUCAUCAGUGACUGCUGCCUGUACACGAGCAAGGUGCAGCUCAUCAUGGAGGAGUAUAGCGCUGCGACCCUGAGCAUGGCGUGCGCCUGUCAGAGGAUGCGGGAGCUGCUGCUGGUGUGUCUGGACGGGAGGACGGUGUACGGGGAGCUGGAUUUCUCAGCCCAGCAGCACAGUCACCAGCAGGCCCAGCUGCAGAGGCUCUGCAACACUCACGACAGCGUCGUGUCCAUCUUGGGCCGCUUGCAUAAGACCUUCUGCAAUGAUGGACCUGAGGUCCAGCAGCACUGGGUCUCCUACACAGAGAAGAUGGACCUCAUGGUGGAGAACGCGCUACGCUUCAAUGUCAAAAAGUCCCUGCAGGAGCUCUCUAAGGCCAUCAAUGGUGACAGCAAGAUGAUGCCCAGCCCCCUGUUCAAGGUGCAAGUGGUGCUGCUGCAGGAGUCGGCCGGCUCCCUCUCGCAGGUAGAGUUCUCUCCCACGCUGCAGAAGCUGGCACACAUAGUGACCAGCGUCAGCAGUCAGCUCAUCAGCGCAGUCUCUGUGUUCAAGCGCCUGCCUGACCUGCUAACUCACCAGCGCUCUCAAAAGGAGCCAAUCCACAUCCUCAUUGAACAAGAUGAGGAAAUCUGUAAGAUUCAGUCCUCCAUUGCAGCGGGUUUAGCUGCCAACACUGCACAUCUGCACACCUACCUGAAGACUUGGGAUAAGUACCGAGAGAUCUGGGAGAUCAACAAGGACCACUUCAUCCGCCGCUAUCAGCGCCUCAAUCCCCCCGUGUCAUCCUUUGACGCCGACAUUGCCAGGUAUACGGAGGUGGCGAACAAUGUGCAGAAGGAGGAGACGCUGCUGAGUGUGCAGUUCGUGCUGAUGGACUGCUCCCUGCUCAAGUUCUCGCUGCUGCAGCACUGCAACGAGUGGCAGGCCAAGUUCACCCAGCUGCUCAGGCAGAUGGCCUGCGGACGCCUGCGCCAGCUGCGCGCCUACCUGCAGGACAGCGCCCAUAGGCUGAGCCAGCCCCCUCAGAGUCUGACAGAGCUGGAGAAAAGCUUGAAACUGCUGGAGAUUCUGCAAGGAGACCUGGCCAAGACUGAGAGCCAGAUCCUCCCCAUCCACGAGCAGUUUGCCAUCCUGGAAAAGUAUGAAGUCACUGUGGACCAGGAUGAUCAGGAGAUGCUCGAAGCCCUGAAUGGACAGUGGGUUUGGUUCCAGCAGGUCCUGACUGACAGUGACCUCAUGCUGAAGGAACAUAAGGAAAGGUUCAAAAGUGGCCUUAUCUUCUCAGCGGAGGAGUUUAAGAAGAAGAUGCAGGCCAUCACCCUGGACUUUAAUUCCACAGGCCCCUUCUCCAGCACUGUGAACCCCAGCGAGGCCCUGCAGCUCGUGUCCGACUUGUGCGCCCAGCUCCAUGCCCUGAAGCAGGAGGAGAGCUCCAUCCGGCAGGGCCUGAGCAUCUUCAGCAUCGAGCAGCCCCCCUCCAAGGACAUCCAGAGCUUGGAUAAGGACUUAGACUACCUACAGCAGGUGUGGCAGAUCAGCCAGCAGUGGGAAGCCCACUGGGACCAGUGGAAAGUGGGGCAUUUUGCCGCACUGCAAAUGGAGAACAUGGAGAGCUCCGCCCAGGCUUUGUUCAAGAAGCUGCAUAAGUUGAGCCGCAAUCUCAAGGACAAGCAGUGGGAAGUCGUGGCGUCCUGCAGCAACAAGAUCGACCUGUUCAGAAGGACCAUUCCCCUUAUCAGCGACCUGAGGAACCCAGCCUUGCGGGACAGGCACUGGAAUCAGAUCAGGGAUGAGGUGCAAGUUGCAUUUGACCAAACAGCCUCCGAUUUCACCCUCGAGAAGAUCAUGGCCCUGGGCCUGGAGCAGCAGGCUGAGAAGAUCAGUAAGAUUUCAGGGGCUGCCAGCAAAGAGCUGUCAAUCGAACAGUCCCUGGAAGGCAUCGCAAAGACAUGGGAGGAGAUUUGCCUAGACAUGGUCCUGUACAAAGACAAGGGUCAUCACAGACUGAGGGGAGCAGAGGAGAUUUUCCAAGCAUUAGAGGACAACCAGGUGACUCUCUCCACGAUGAAGGCAUCCCGCUUCAUACGUGCCUUUGAAAAGGAGGUGGACCACUGGGAGCGCAGCCUGUCACUGAUCCUGGAGGUCAUUGAGAUGAUCCUCACAGUGCAGAGACAGUGGAUAUACCUGGAGAAUAUCUUUUUAGGUGAAGACUUUAGGAAACAGCUGCCUAGAGAAUCCAAGGAGUUUGAUGAAAUCAACUCUAGCUGGAAGACUAUCAUGGAUUGUUUGAACAAGGACAGAAAUGCCCUGAGAGGAACGCACCACCCUGGGCUGCUGGAGAAGCUGUCAGAGAUGAACAGCAAGCUGGAGGAGAUCCAAAAGUCUCUGGAUAUGUACCUGGAGACAAAGCGGCAGAUCUUCCCACGCUUCUACUUCUUGUCCAACAAUGACCUGCUGGAGAUCCUGGGCCAGACCUGCCACCCGGAGGCUGUGCAGCCACACCUCAAAAAGUGCUUUGACAAUAUCAAGAGCUUGAGGAUCAACAAGGUGGGGAUCAGCAGUAAGAUAGAGGCCAGCGGCAUGUUCUCAGCCGACGGAGAGUUUGUGGAGUUCACCCACCCCGUGUUGCUGGAAGGGCCGGUGGAGGAUUGGCUCUGUGAUGUUGAGCGCACUAUGCGCUGGACACUAAAAGAAAAUCUGAAGAAUUGCCGGCAGGCUCUCACCAAGUCAUCCAGAAAGAGGGAAAAGUGGGUGAAGGAUUGGCCGGGUCAGAUGCUGAUCACGGCCAGCCAGAUCCACUGGACCGCAGAUGUUACCAAGUCCUUAGCCAUUAGCAAAGAGGAGACUAAGACAGCCCUGAAGUCUAUGAAAAAGAAGCAGGUGUGCAUACUGAAUCGGUACUCAGACGCAAUCCGAGGCAAUCUGUCCAAGAUCAUACGGCUGAAGAUUGUGGCGCUAGUAACAGUGGAGGUUCAUGCUCGUGACAUCAUCGACCGGCUGAUGAAGUGCGGCUGCUUGGACACAAACUCCUUUGAAUGGCUGGGGGGGGGCAGUCUGUGCUGGGAGAAGGAAGUGGACAACUGCACCAUCAAACAGACCAACACGCAGUUCCUCUACGGCUAUGAAUACCUGGGCAACUCUGGACGGCUGGUCAUUACGCCCUUGACAGACAGAUGCUACAUGACCCUGACCACAGCCUUGUACCUCCACCGAGGGGGCUCCCUCAAGGGCCCCGCCGGCACGGGCAAGACGGAGACUGUGAAGGAUCUAGGCAAGGCUCUAGGCAUGUACGUCAUUGUGGUUAACUGCUCUGAAGGCCUGGACUUCAAAUCCAUGGGUCGCAUGUACUCCGGAUUAGCACAGACUGGAGCAUGGGGCUGUUUUGACGAGUUCAACCGCAUCAACAUUGAGGUGCUGUCAGUGGUGGCUCAGCAGAUCCUGUCCAUCCUGACCGCUCUCUCUGCCUACGAUACCAACUUUAUCUUUGAGGGCCGACAGAUUCCCCUGGUGCGGUCCUGUGGCAUUUUCAUCACCAUGAACCCUGGCUAUGCUGGGCGCACAGAGCUACCUGACAACCUCAAGUCGAUGUUCCGGCCCAUCUCCAUGGUAGUGCCGGACUCCACGAUAAUCGCUGAGAUCACUCUGUUUGGGGAGGGAUUCAACAACUGCAAGGUUCUGGCCAAGAAAGUCUUCACAUUGUACUCACUGGCUGUACAGCAGCUGUCGAAACAGGACCACUAUGACUUUGGGCUGCGCGCCCUCACCUCUCUGCUUCGGUACGCAGGGAAGAAGCGCCGAUCGUGCCCCGGAAUCACCGACGAAGAGAUCCUCCUCAUGUCCAUGAGGGACCUGAACGUCGCCAAGCUGACCUCCGUUGACCUGCCGCUCUUCGACAGCAUCAUCCAGGACCUGUUCCCUGCCACGGAGACCCCCACCAACGACUAUAGCAAGCUGCGAGACACUAUAGAACUGGAACUGCAGCAGAGCGGCCUGCAGGUCACACCUUUCACUGUGACCAAGGUCAUCCAGUUGUACGAGACCAAAAACUCCCGCCACGCCUCCAUGAUUGUGGGCACCCCAGGCAGCGGCAAGACGGUCACCUGGAGGACUCUGCAGAGUGUCCUGAACUCCAUGCACCGCAAGGGCGAGCCUGGCUUCAACCUCGUCCGGGAAUUCCCCUUGAACCCCAAGGCCGUGAGUCUGGGUGAGCUGUAUGGGGAGUACGACCUCUCCACCAACGAGUGGACGGAUGGUGUGCUCUCUUCUCUGAUGAGGGCGGCCUGUGCAGAUGAGAAGGCGGAUGGAAAGUGGAUCGUCUUAGACGGGCCAGUGGACACCCUGUGGAUCGAGAGCAUGAACUCUGCCAUGGAUGACAACAAGGUGCUGACACUCAUAAACGGGGAGAGGAUCUCCAUGCCAGAGCAGGUGUCCCUGCUCUUUGAGGUGGAGGACCUGGUGGCAGCUUCCCCGGCAACUGUGUCACGCUGUGGGAUGGUCUACAACGACUACACAGACCUGGGCUGGAAGCCCUUUGUGCAGUCCUGGCUCCAGAAACGCAGUAAGGUGGAGGUUGACCACCUACAGCCCCUCUUCGACAAAUACUUAGAGAAGACCAUGGAGUUCAAGAGGACCCACUGCAAAGAGCUAGUGGCCAUCACAGAGCUGAAUGGCGUGAGCUCCCUCUGCAGGCUGUACCACACCCUGGCCACUCUUGAAAACGGGGUGAAUCCUUCUGACUCGGUCAGCUAUAGCCGCAUGGUGGAGCUGUGGUUCACCUUCAGUCUCAUCUGGUCAGUGUGUGCUUCAGUCAACGAGGACGGCCGAAAGAAAAUCGACAACUUCCUACGUGAGAUGGAAGGCACCUUCCCCAAUAAGGACACCGUCUAUGAGUACUAUGUAGACACCAAGAACAAAAGCUGGGCCUUGUUUGAGGACAGGCUGCCCAAAGGCUGGUGCUACGCUUCCAAUAUCCCCUUUUACAAGAUAAAGGUGCCCACAGUGGAUUCAGUGCGGUACCACUUCCUGGUGCAAGCACUGGUAUGUGGGCAGUACCCAGUGCUGCUGACGGGGCCAGUGGGCACGGGCAAGACUUCUGUGGCCCAGAGCGUGCUACAGGCCCUGGAGCCUGCUGAGUGGGCAGUGCUCACCAUUAACAUGUCCUCCCAGACUACAUCCAGCAACGUGCAGGCCAUCACAGAGGGCCGAGUUGAGAAGCGCACUAAGGGGGUCUAUGUGCCUCUGAGAGGGAAGCGCAUGCUGGCCUUUCUGGACGACCUCAAUAUGCCGGCCCAGGACGAAUUCGGGUCCCAGCCACCUUUGGAGCUACUCCGCCUCUGGAUCGACUAUGGCUUCUGGUAUGACCGGCAAAAGCAGACGCCUAAGUGUAUCAAGGAUAUGUUCCUUUUGGCGGCCAUGGGGCCUCCUGGUGGAGGGAGGACUCACAUCUCUGGUCGUCUGCAGAGCCGCUUCAACCUCAUCAACAUGACUUUUCCGACAGAAUCUCAGAUCAAGCACAUCUUUGGCACAAUGAUAAACCAGAAGCUUCAGGAGUUCCAGGAGGAGGUGAAGCCCAUCGGGGCAGUGCUGACGCAGGCUACCCUGGAGCUGUACCGCGCUGUUGUGGGCCGGUUCCUGCCCACUCCUGCCAAGAUGCACUAUCUGUUCAACCUCCGAGAUAUCUCCAAGGUAUUCCAGGGCUUACUGAGAGCUCAUAGAGAUUAUCAUGACACCAAGCAAGGCAUCACCCGACUCUGGAUCCACGAGUGCUUCAGAGUGUUCUCCGACCGGCUGGUUGAUCAAGGAGACAUGGAGGCAUUUGUGGUCCUUCUGGGUGAAAAACUGGGUUCCUACUUCGACGUAACGUACCACAGCAUUUGCCCAAGCAAGCAGUCUCCCAUCUUUGGGGACUUCCUGAACAAUCCCAGAGUGUAUGAAGACAUAACAGACAUCAAGGCCCUGAAAAACUUCAUGGAGUUGCAGCUGGAGGAUUACAACCUGAGCUCUGGCGUGGUGCCUAUGAACCUGGUCUUGUUCCAUGAUGCCAUCAAGCACGUAACCCAUGUGGUGCGGGUGAUCAGCCAACCUCGGGGAAACAUGCUGCUGGUAGGCAUCGGAGGAUCGGGCCGCCAGAGCCUUUCCCGCCUUGCAUCCUUCAUCUGUGGCUAUCAAGUCUUCGAGGUGGAAGUCACCAAACAGUAUCGCAAACAAGAGUUCAGAGAUGACAUUAAGAAGUUGUACCGGCAAGCUGGUGUUGACAACAAGCCCACAGUGUUUUUGUUCAACGACACCCAAAUUUUGGACGAGUCUUUCCUGGAGGACAUCAACAACAUGCUGAAUUCUGGGGAAGUGCCCAACCUCUACAAGCCGGAUGAACUUGAUGAGGUCCAGAUGGCUUUGUCCAACGUAGCCAACAUCCCAGAACAUUCUGACGCCAUAUUCAGCUACUUGUUGGAGAGAGUUAGGGACAACCUACACAUCAUACUGUGCAUGAGUCCCGUAGGUGACCUCUUCAGAAAUCGGAUACGCCAGUACCCCGCUCUGGUCAACUGCACCACCAUCAACUGGUUCUCCGAAUGGCCCCACGAUGCGCUUCUAGAGGUGGCGGAGAGGUACCUGGAUGGGCUGGAACUGGGGAGUGUGGAGGGGGCUCAGAAUAAGGUGGCCAGCAUCUUUGUGACUAUUCACCAGUCUGUGAGCCACUACUCCCAAAAGAUGAAGGUGGAGCUGAAGAGACACAACUAUGUCACCCCCACCAACUAUUUGGAGCUGGUGUCUGGAUUCAAGAAGCUUCUGGUGGAGAAGCGUGCUGAGCUGGGCGAGCAAGCGACCAAACUGCGCAACGGCCUCUUCAAGAUCGAUGACACGCGCAGCAAUGUGGAGGCCAUGUCCGUGGAGCUGGAGGAGGCCAAGGCCAAGGUGGCCGAGUUCCAGAAGCAGUGUGAGGAGUACCUGGUGGUCAUCGUGCAGCAGAAACGGGAGACCGACGAGCAGCAGAAGGAGGUGAGCACCCACAGUGAGAAAAUCAGCGCAGAAGAGGUCAAGUCUAUGACUAGGGAGGUGAUUCCAGCUGUGACCGGGGGGGGAGAGUCAAACUUUAUCAAGCAGCUAGUCCACUUUGACAAGGACAACAUCUCAGAGCAGGUUCUGAAGAAGAUCGGUCAGUACUGCACCCAGGCCGACUUCCAGCCCGAGAUCAUCGGCCGUGUCUCUCUGGCCGCCAAGUCACUCUGCAUGUGGGUUCGCGCCAUGGAGAUGUAUGGGCGGCUCUACCGCGUGGUGCAGCCAAAGAGGACCAAGCUGGAAGUGGCCAGGUCCCAGUUAGCAGAGAAGCAAGCGGCACUGGCUGAAGCUCAGGACAAACUGCGAGAGGUGGGAGAGAAGCUGGAACAGCUGAAGCAGCAGUACAGUGAGAAGCUGGCCCAGAAGAUGAAGCUGCGGCAGAAAUCUGAGGACAUGGAGCUGAAGCUGGACAGGGCCGGCAGGCUGGUGUCUGGACUGGCUGCGGAGAGGGAGCGCUGGGAGGACACCAUCAAGGGCCUGGAAAUGGACAUGGGCUACCUGGUGGGAGACUGCCUCUUGGCUGCAGCCUUUCUGUCCUACAUGGGUCCGUUCCUGUCCAGCUACCGGGACGAAAUGGUCACCAACAUCUGGAUGAAGCAGAUGCAGCAACUGGAGGUGCCGUGCUCACCCACCUUCAGCUUCUCCGCAUUCCUGGCCAAAGCCACCUCCAUGCGCGACUGGAACAUGCAGGGGCUGCCGUCUGACGCCUUCUCCAUGGAGAACGGAGUCAUCGUCACCCGUGGGAACCGAUGGCCCCUCCUGGUGGAUCCACAAGGACAGGCUUUGAAGUGGAUCAAGAACAUGGAGACAAAAAGAGGCCUGAAGGUCAUCGACCCGCAGACUCCCGACUUCCUGCGCACGCUUGAAAUCGCGGUCCAGUUUGGCACACCAGUGCUGCUGCAGAACGUGCGGGAGGAGCUGGACCCCUCACUGGCCCCCAUCCUCAACAGAGCCAUCACCCGUGUCGGUGACCGUUUUCUGCUGAGACUGAGUGACAAGGAGGUGGAUUACAACCCUGACUUCCGCUUCUACAUCACCACCAAGCUGUCCAACCCCCACUACACGCCCGAAAUCUCUACCAAGACCACCAUCGUCAACUUUGCUGUGAAGGAGCAGGGUCUGGAAGCCCAGUUGCUGGGGAUCGUGGUGAGGAAGGAACGUCCUGAACUGGAGGAGCAAAAGGAUUCCCUGGUGAUCAGCAUCGCCUCUGGCAAGAGGAAACUGCAGGAGCUAGAGGAUGAGAUCCUCAGGCUGCUAAACGAGGCCACUGGUUCUCUUCUGGAUGAUGUUCAGUUGGUGAACACUCUACAGACCUCCAAAGUGACAGCCAGUGAGGUGUCUGAGCAGCUGGAGACCAGUGAACAGACAGAGAUCAAGAUCGACAUGGCCAGAGAGGCAUAUCGGCCCUGUGCCCGGCGUGCCUCUAUCUUGUUCUUCGUGCUAAAUGACAUGGGCCUUAUUGAGCCCAUGUACCAGUAUUCUCUGGACGCGUACAUCGACCUGUUCAACCUCAGCAUCGAGAAGAGCCAGCACAGCUACAAGCUGGAAGAGAGGAUCAACAGCCUUAAUGACUACCACACCUACGCUGUCUACAGGUUCACCUGCCGUGGGCUGUUUGAGUGCCACAAGCUGCUCUUCAGCUUCCACAUGUGUGCUAAGAUCCUGGAGGCAGGAGACAAACUCAACAUGGAUGAGUUGAGCUUCUUCCUGCGGGGAGGCCUGGUUUUGGACAAAGAGGGUCAGAUGGAUAACCCAUGUAGCAGCUGGCUGCCAGACUCAAGCUGGGACAAUGUGACUGAGCUGGACAAGCUAGCCAACUUUCACGGGCUGGUGGACUCCUUUGACCAGUACCCGCAGGACUGGCACGGGUGGUACACCAGCACAGAGCCUGAGCACACCCCCCUCCCCGGUGAAUGGGAGAACAGAUGUAACGAGCUGCAGAGGAUGCUGAUCGUCCGCUCGCUGCGGCAGGAUCGCAUCCCCUUCUGUGUCGCCAGCUUCAUCGUCAAUAACUUGGGCUCCCGCUUCGUGGAGCCGCCCGUACUUGACAUGAAGGCCGUGGUGGAGGACUCCAGCACCAGGACCCCACUGAUCUUCGUGUUGUCACCGGGCGUAGACCCCACGGGUGCCCUGCUGCAGCUGGCAGAAGCGUCUGGCAUGAGUCGCCGCUUCCAUGCGCUGUCCUUAGGGCAGGGACAGGCACCCAUCGCCACACGCAUGAUCAAGGAGGGGGUGAAGAACGGUCACUGGGUGUUCCUGGCAAACUGCCACCUGUCCCUCUCCUGGAUGCCCCAGUUGGACAAGUUGGUGGAGCAGCUGCAGGUGGAAGAACCUCACGCAGACUUCCGCCUGUGGCUCAGCUCCUCUCCCCACCCGGACUUCCCCAUCGCCAUCCUGCAAGCCGGCAUCAAGAUGACCACUGAGCCACCCAAGGGUGUGAAGUCCAACAUGAGGCGCCUGUACCACCUGGUCAGCGAGGCCCAGUUCAACCAGUGCACACGGCCAACGCCAUACCGCCGGCUGCUCUUCAGCCUCUGCUUCUUCCACAGCAUCCUGCUGGAGCGCAGGAAGUUCCGGCAGCUGGGCUGGAACAUCACCUACAGCUUCAACGAUUCGGACUUGGAGGUGAGCGAGAACCUGUUGAAACAUUACCUGGACCAGCAAGAGGAGGUACCCUGGGACGCCCUCAGGUACCUGAUCGCAGGGGUCAUCUACGGAGGUCAUGUGACCGAUGAGUGGGACAGACGGCUGCUCACCACCUACAUCAACGACUGCUUCUGCGAGGGCGCCAUUACUGUGCCAUUCUUCAAACUGUCCCCAUUGCCCACCCACUACAUCCCACGGGACGGCCCCCUGUCCUCCUACCUCGACUACAUCGGCCAGCUGCCCAGCGCCGAGCACCCUGAGCUAUUCGGCCAGCACCCCAACGCCGACAUCGGCAGCCAGAUCUCGGAGGCUCGCACGCUGUUCCACACGCUGCUGUCCCUGCAGCCGCCCCUUUGCGGUGCCACGGCCCUGGGGGCGGGACCGAGCCCAGAGGCCAAGGUGCUUGAGAUCGCCGCAGACGUGUGGCAGAAGAUUCCCGGGCAGCUGGACUAUGAAGGAACCCGGAAGCUUCUGCAAGAUGACCCCUCCCCACUCAAUGUGGUGCUGCUGCAGGAGAUCCAGAGAUACAACACCCUGCUUGGGGUCAUCAGGUCAUCCCUGGUGGAGCUGGAGAGGGGUGUACAGGGUUUGCUGGUGAUGUCCAGCAGCCUGGAGGAGACCUUCGCCUGCAUCCAUGCUGGCCGCGUGCCGCCCCUCUGGGAGAAGGCGUACCCCUCACUGAAGCCCUUAGCGUCAUGGAUGCGGGACCUGUGCCAGCGUGUGGAGCAGUUUGCCUGCUGGGCGCAGACGGCACACCCCCCCACGCUCUUCUGGCUGUCCGGAUUCACCUUCCCCACUGGCUUCCUAACAGCUGUGCUGCAAGCCUCCGCCCGCCAGAACAACGUGUCAGUGGACACUCUGUCCUGGGAGUUUACAGUCUCCACAGUGGACGACAACAACCUCCUCUUCCCCCCCAAGGACGGCGUGUUCAUCCGGGGGCUAUUCCUGGAGGGGGCCGGCUGGGACAAGAAGCACUGCUGUCUCGUGGAACCGGAGCCCAUGCGGCUGGUCUGCCCCGUCCCCACCAUCCACUUCAAGCCUGUGGAGAACCGCAAGAAGACCACCAAAAGUGUUUACUCCUGUCCCUGCUACUACUUCCCCGUGCGCUCGGGGAGGGCCGGCCGCACCUCCUUCGUGGUGACAGUGGACCUCAAUUCCGGAGCAUUUCCACACGAUCAUUGGGUCAAGAGGGGAGCAGCUCUGCUGAUGAGCCUGGACAGCUAAGGAGCACACAGUGUUACUGUUACAGACAGAGCCAGGGCAUCACAAAGCCUGUACCAACACACACACAUAUACACACACAGCCAGGACAGUCACAAAGCCUGUACCAACACACACAUACACACACAGCCAGGACAGUCUUAGUCAUGUUCAAAGUUAAAAAGAGUUGCUAGUUAGUUAGUUGGUAAAGUUCUACAUAGAUCUUUGGAUGUCAUGGCAUACAAACCUGUAGUCAUAUUGAAAUGUCUUAAGAAAUGCUUUGAGGUUUGACGUUCUGAGGUAUUUUAAUGUAUGGACAUGUACACAGUGACAAGCAAACUGUGAAUAAAUCUAAUGGAGGAACAGUUUCAUCAACA